CGCGCCGCACUUGCAAUUGCAGCGGGUGCAGCGCGAGCCGGCCUCUUUCUCGGCGGAGGAAGCUGCUGAGGCGCCAGGCUGCAGCAUGCCGGUGGAAGAAGGGGGGCUCCGGGUGUUUCAGAGCGUCCGGAUUAAAAUAGGAGAAGCUAAAAAUCUUCCUACAUAUCCAGGGCCAAACAAGAUGAGGGAUUGCUACUGCACUGUAAACCUGGACCAGGAAGAAGUUUUCAGGACCAAAAUAGUGGAAAAAUCACUAUGCCCCUUUUAUGGAGAAGACUUUUACUGUGAAAUUCCACGGAGUUUUCGUCACCUGGCAUUUUAUAUUUUUGAUAGAGAUGUUUUCCGCAGGGAUUCAAUCAUUGGAAAAGUAGCGAUUUUGAAGGAAGAUUUGCAGAAGUACCAUAACAGAGACACCUGGUUUCAGCUGCAGCAUGUUGACGCUGAUUCUGAAGUCCAGGGAAAGGUCCAUUUAGAGUUGAGGCUGAGUGAAGUUAUAACAGACACUGGUGUCAUUUGCCAUAAGCUUGCUACAAGAGUUCUAGAAUGCCAAGGACUACCCAUAGUGAAUGGACAGUGUGAUCCUUAUGCAACAGUUACCUUAGCAGGACCAUACAGAUCGGAAGCCAAAAAGACGAAAGUUAAGAAGAAGACAAAUAAUCCACAGUUUGAUGAAGUGUUUUAUUUUGAGGUUACUAGACCCUGCAGCUAUAACAAGAAAUCCCAUUUUGAAAUUGAAGAUGUUGAUGAAGUUGACAAGAUGGAAAUCAGGAUUGAUCUUUGGAAUGCAAGCAACCUGAAGUUUGGAGAUGAGUUCCUUGGUGAACUGAGGCUACCUUUGAAAUUUCUCCGGCAGUCCAGCUCAUAUGAAGCAUGGUAUUUCCUGCAACCCAGAGAUAAUGGUAACAAGUCACUGAAACCUGAUGACCUGGGUUCCUUGAGGCUAAAUGUGGUUUACACAGAAGACCAUGUUUUUCCUUCAGACUAUUACAGCCCACUCAGAGACCUCUUACUAAAAUCUUCAGAUGUUGAGCCUGUUUCAGCAUCUGCAGCCCAUGUUCUGGGUGAAGUUUGCAGGGAGAAGCAGGAAGCAGCCAUACCUCUGGUGCGACUCUUCCUUCACUAUGGCAAAAUUGUGCCUUUCAUUAGUGCAAUCGCAAAUGCUGAAGUAAAGAGAACUCAAGAUCCAAACACGAUUUUCAGAGGGAACUCAUUAACUUCCAAGUGCAUUGAUGAAACAAUGAAACUGGCAGGGAUGCACUACCUUCAAGUUACGCUAAAGCCCAUUAUUGAUGAGAUCUGCCAGUGCCAUAAACCCUGUGAAAUUGAUCCAGUGAAGUUAAAAGAUGCUGAAAAUUUAGAAAAUAAUAGGGAGAACCUUAGGCAGUACGUAGACCGGAUAUUCACAGUCAUUACAAAAUCUGGGGUCAGCUGUCCUACAGUGAUGUGUGAUAUAUUUUUUUCAUUGAGGGAAUCAGCAGCCAUACGUUUUCAAGAUGACCCAGAUGUUAGAUACACAGCAGUAAGCAGCUUUAUUUUCCUGAGAUUCUUUGCACCUGCAAUUCUGUCUCCAAACCUCUUCCAUCUUACACCACACCAUCCUGAUCCUCAAACCUCAAGAACUUUGACACUGAUAUCCAAGACUAUACAAACAUUAGGCAGCUUGUCAAAGUCUAAAUCUGCCAGUUUUAAGGAAACUUACAUGGCUACAUUUUAUGACUACUUUAACGAGCAAAAAUAUGCUGAUGCAGUAAAAAACUUCCUAGAUUUGAUUUCAUCUUCUGGAAGAAGAGAUCACAAAAGUAUAGAGCAGCCAAUACUACUAAAGGAAGGGUUCAUGAUCAAGAGGGCACAAGGGAGGAAACGGUUUGGAAUGAAGAACUUCAAGAGGAGGUGGUUUCGACUCACGAACCACGAAUUUACCUAUCAGAAGAGCAAAGGUGACCAUCCGCUGUGCAACAUUCCAAUUGAAAACAUUCUGGCAGUAGAAAAAUUAGAGGAAGAAUCUUUCAAAAUGAAAAAUAUGUUCCAGGUAAUUCAGCCUGAAAGAGUCCUGUACAUCCAGGCAAAUAAUUGUGUUGAGGCCAAGGACUGGAUUGAUAUCCUCACCAAAGUUAGCCAGUGCAACAAGAAGCGUCUCACUGUCUACCAUCCCUCUGCAUAUCUUAAUGGGCACUGGCUGUGCUGUAAAGCUACAGCAGAUAAUACUCCUGGCUGUACUCCCUGCACUGGGGGCCUGCCAGCAAAUAUACAGUUAGACAUUGAUGGAGACAGAGAGACUGAACGCAUCUAUUCCCUAUUCAAUUUGUAUAUGACUAAACUGGAGAAAAUGCAAGAGGCCUGUGGCAGUAAAUCUGUGUAUGAUGGGCCAGAGCAGGAAGAGUACUCAACCUUUGUCAUCGACGACCCUCAGGAGACCUACAAGACACUAAAGCAGAUUGUUGCAAGUGUUAAAAACCUAGAGCAGGAACAUGCCCAGUACAAGAGGGAUAAGUUCAAGAAGACAAAGUAUGGAAGCCAGGAGCAUCCUAUUGGUGACAAGAGCUUUCAGAGUUACAUACGGCAGCAGUCAGAAAUCUCAGCACAUUCCAUCUGAAUGUUGAAGGAAGUCACAAGAUGGUGCUGCUGAAGAACUGAAUUGUAGAGAAUGAAAGAAAGAGAAAAACCACCUGUAGCAAGAUGUACAUAACAAGUGUCAAGCUUGCUGGGGCUUGCUAAGUGUUUUUUCUCUGUGUGUGUGUGUCUUUCCAAGAACUGUUACAAAAGUUGCUAUGCACUUUAUUCAUCUGAUGUAAACAGAUGAAAGAACUCUGCCUUCUUGGCGGUUUUUGUCAUACAUGUUGUGUUGAGUGUUGGGGGAUGUUUUGGGGUUGGCUCUUUUUGUUUUUUGGGGGGGGGUUGGUUGGUUGGUUUUUGUUAAACUUUGCUCCAUUUUCUUGAGAUCUAGUGAUCAGUUCAAUGAUCAGGAUCUGUGGACUUCCUGUUGACAGCUUCCACAAUCCUUUAUAUGAAUGAGAGCAUUUUUCUAGAUUUCAUAUUUUUGGGGGUUGCAAACUACUUUUGUGCUAUGCUACAGAGUAAGUAGAGAAGGCUUUGCAGCACUUUGCUUUCUAGUGACAGGAAGCCUCUGUGGCUUUCAGUGUACUCUCCUCACACAGCAGCCUGCUUUCCAAGCCAGGUUAAAGAACAGGGUAUUUCAACAUCAGCAGCAUAAUAUUUGGUUAAAAGCUGACUUUUUCAAAUAAAUUCUAAUAUUUAAUGGUACUCCUUGAUAUUUUUGAGAUACAAAGUUGUUUCCACCAAGACAUUCAGUCAAUUUCUAUUUUUGCUAUGAAGUGGUGCCAUAAACCUAAAUAAUGCAAAUAAACAAAGUGUAAAUAGUACAAGAAGCAUGGAGACUAAUCAAAGAAAUAUGAUAUCUGAAUUACAGUUUUUCUCCUGUUUGGAGAGUCACAUUAAAUGUAGCCCAUUUCCUAUAUCUGUAAUAUUUCUAUGUAGGAAAUAAAGGCAUUUGCACCAUGAACAAUAUGCCACAUGUGUAAUGAGGGAUCAUGCUCCUGUUUCCCUGUGUGUGCGUACAGUAGAAAGCAGGUAUAAAACCAGCAGAUGAAAAUGGACUUGCUGUGUACCACUACAAUCCCAGCUUGUUUUGGACCUCACCAGGUUCUUUCCUCAGGGAAAUGUGAAAAGCUGGAAACUGUUGCAUUUAUCUCAGAAUACUUUUUCUAGAGAGACUGGUUGCUGCAACCUAGGUGACCAUCGCAUUUCAGGCAGAGAAACGGAUGCACAUGAGGAAGAUUAUUGCACAACGAUCUCUACACAUGGUUUGUGCUCCCUACACAGAAAAUAUUAUUCAUGUAGGAAAAUGACAUUCCUGUGAAGCAGGCUUGAAGAGGGACAGAGCUGUAAUGUAAGAGUAGUAUGUUAUGCUUAGAAAAUAGUAUUGCCUUAACUCUGCAGGGAAAGAACAUUUGGGGAAAUGGGCCUCUCGGCAUACAGAGUGAUGCGUAAAGAGACUUUAAGAAGAGAAUGCGAAGGCUUUUUGUCCUGAAUAGCAUUUAAAACUGAAACACAAAAGUGUUUCAGACAUAGAGAUACGGUGUUGUUAUUGUUGUUGUUGUAUUUUUUAAAUUGCAUUAACACAUGGCUGUACCUUGUCAACAUGAUACAAGUGUCAAUGAAGUGAAAUGAUUUUUUUUUACCUCAUAAAUACAAAUAAAUGUUGAGUAGGGGAAUGAGGAAA